GGGCGCGGGAAGAUGGCGGCGGCGGCGGCGGCUGCGGCGGCCGAGCAGCAAAGUUCCAAUGGCCCCGUCAAGAAGUCCAUGCGGGAGAAGGCUGUGGAGAGGCGGAACGUGAAUAAAGAGCACAACAGUAACUUUAAGGCCGGAUAUAUUCCCAUUGAUGAGGACCGACUCCAUAAAACUGGGCUGCGGGGCAGAAAGGGCAACCUGGCCAUUUGUGUGAUCAUCCUGCUCUUCAUCCUGGCCGUCAUCAACCUGAUUAUAACACUUGUUAUCUGGGCUGUGAUUCGCAUCGGGCCGAAUGGCUGUGACAGCCUGGAAUUCCACGAAAGCGGCCUGCUCCGCUUCAAGCAAGUGUCUGACAUGGGGGUUAUUCACCCUCUCUACAGGAGCACCGUGGGAGGAAGGAGGAAUGAAAAUUUGGUCAUCACUGGCAACAACCAGCCUAUUGUUUUCCAGCAAGGGACAACAAAGCUCAGUGUGGAGAAGAACAAGACGUCCAUUACGAGUGACAUUGGUAUGCAGUUCGUGGACCCAAGGACACAGAAUGUCUUAUUCAGCACAGACUACGAAACUCAUGAGUUUCAUUUGCCAAGUGGUGUGAAAAGUCUGAAUGUUCAAAAAGCAUCCACUGAAAGGAUUACCAGCAAUGCCACCAGUGAUUUAAAUAUAAAAGUCGAUGGGAGAGCUAUUGUGCGUGGAAAUGAAGGUGUUUUCAUUAUGGGCAAAACCAUUGAGUUUCACAUGGGCGGUAACAUGGAGCUGAAGGCUGAAAACAGCAUCAUCCUCAAUGGGACAGUGACGGUCAGCACAACCCGCCUGCCGAGUGCGUCCGGCACAGACCAGCUGGGCAGCAACGACUGGGUGCGUUACAAGCUCUGCAUGUGCGCCGACGGCACCCUCUUCAAAGUGCAAGUCACCAGCCAGAACAUGGGCUGCCAAACUGCCGACAAUCCGUGCGGGAGCACGCACUAGGCGGCCCUCACAAGCCACUGCCGGGUUCCCAGUCAGACUGGGCCUUUUGUUACGCGGGUGCAUGCGAACCCUCGUUUCUCCACAGCGUGCAAGAACUCAACUACGACAAACCUGAACUGCAGAGCGCGGCUCUGUCUGCCACGUGGUCACCGCAUUUCACACUAGUUCUCAGAGAGUCUAAUUCUUACACAUUAAGUUGCACUGAUCUGCCAAGGACCGUGCUCAUGAGGAAUCAUGAGAAAUGAAUAGCAUCAAAACUCAUUUUCCAAGAGGUGUUUUUUUCAAACCCCACUCUGCUCUGUCUGAGGAUAAAGGACGAAGCACCUGCUGAGCCCCACGUAGGUGAGCUUUCAGACCCCAACAGGGAGCAACCCCCACCCCCGAAACCAUCACAAAACACGGUCAGCGUUUCCAUCUGUGGCUUCGGGCUUCCAGAGGGAGAGCUGUAGGUUUUAGCACUUUGCCCUGAAGCCACAUCUACAUGCAAGAACUCAGCCUAUGGGAGACGGUAAGAAACUGGAUUGAAAGAAAAGACUCCAUGAUCGGAUGUGUACUUAAAAUAAUGAGAACUGUUAAGUGUUCACAAUGUGGUAUAAACUAAAACACAAUCUCAACAUUAACUUCUGAGUCACAGUGAGAGAUGUCACAGAGCACCUUGUGUGUAAGAUGGCUGGUACCCACCACAACUCUGAGAACAGAUGCUGUCAGCUCCCUUUAUCCACAGAGCACUGGGAAUCAGAGAAGUGAGGACAUUUGCCUGCAAUCAUGUGGUCAAUUCAGGUGACUGCAAAUGCCAUGUUGUUGCUAUCCGCACCGAAUUUUUCAGUUGUUACAACUCCAGAGGAACAAAGGCCAAUUCAGACUUACCCAAACAAGUGGGAAUCACAAAACAAAUACGCUGAUUCUAUUAAAAAUACUAGAUCACAUGUCAGAUUAAAAAUGACCAAUCACUGUCACAUUCUAAACCCUUUUGAGCUGAUUAUAAACUAUCGUCCCAGGGACGGGCCUGCUUGUGGCUUACCCGAGUUCCCUAACCUUUAAGCCUUGCCCCCUGAAGUACCUGAAUGGGUGCCAGGGAGAUAGAUAUUUCUACCAUCAGCUCUCCAGGCAACACAGUGCAAAGUGGGCAGACCGUGGGCCCAAACA